AUGUUGAAAUGCCUGAAAGAGUCGCGAAUGUUGAGCAGAUUAACUCUGGUCCAAUGCAGACGAGCGAUUUCCCAUGACACUACCAAUGUGACCGGUUUCAAUGCGUUCAUGGAGAAGGGAGAUGUGCGUACGGAAUCUGUGAAUGUGCUGCCGCAAACCAAAUACGGUGGCAUCACCCAUGCAACUCUCUUGACCGGCAACACAAUCAUUGGCCAAAUGGGAGCCAAAUAUGUUGAGUCUCUGUUGAGCAGCGCUCGAGUUCCCGUGGAGGUGCAGAAGAUCACAGUUGACAUGGGCGAGGAGUACUUUAACUCGGUACUUCGGAAUCGGGCUGCCGUCCAUGUGGACAUUGUACACGAUUCGGAGAAUAAAAGGAAAUCACUGAAGAUUUGCAACGAUCUCGAUCUGCAUGUGUUCAUGACGACCUUACGCAGUUUUCGUGGUUUUAAAUGCCUCUUCCCUGAUGUGAAUAUCCUGCUGAUAGCCCAAAACAAUAUGGGCAACUACGCGGAGCUGGAGUACUCGCCAGUUAAGGGUGUUGUCGAGGGACUGCACGUGGUCACCAGUGCGGCCAUUGAGCGUUUUCUUCGAUAUGCCUUCAGAGUUGUCAUGGCCAGAAAACGGAAAAAGGUCACCCUUGUGCACAAAUCCUCCGAGUGGCCCAAGACCGAAGGUGUCUUACUAGACAUCGCCUGGCAACUGCAGAAAGAAUCUUUUCCUGACAUUGAACUGGAGCCGUUGGAGCUGGACAAAUGCGUUAGUCGCCUGAUAUUGAAUCCCCAAAAAUUUGAUGUGCUCGUCACUAGUGAUCUGUAUGGCACCUUUAUGGCCACGAUUUGUAGCUCAAUUUGUGGCGGUGCGAAUCUCUUCUCGGCCAUUGAGAUUGGCGAUCAUCAUGCUGUCUUCAAGCCGUUGCAAACGAAACUAUCGCUGACCAACUACAAAGUGCUGAGUCCCUAUGGCAUUGUGUCCACCUGUGUGGACCUGAUGUACCAUCUGGGUCAUCGGGUGUGUGCCAGGGCGCUUUGGAAUGAGAUGCUGCGCACCAUGGACGAGGGCAUUAAGACUGGCGAUUUUCAGGGUUCCGAUCGUGGCGAGUACAUUAUUUGCAACAUUAUGAACAAGCUGCGUUGCAACAUGUUCAGUCAAGACCUAAAUCAAGAAGAUUAGCAUCGUGGAAAUAACAUGUUCAUUAAAUUUUACUUUACUUUCUUAUUCGAUUUAGAUACAUUAAAAUUAACAAAAUAUA